AUGUGGGCUAAAGAUAAAAAAACCGGAAGAAUUGUGGCACUCAAGCAAGUACGUCUAGAUUCAUCACCUAUCGGAGACAAAGAAGGAAUUCCACCUACUUCACUUCGAGAAAUUUCUUUGCUGAAAGAAUGCGUGAAACAUGACAAUAUUGUAAAAUUACUUGACAUUGUAAAUCAAGAAAAUAAACUGUUCCUUGUUUUCGAGUUCCUUACAAUGGAUUUGAAAAGAUAUAUUCAUUCUUUUAAAGAAGGAUUGGAACAUAAAAAGAUUCUGAAACUCAUGUAUCAACUCCUUGAUGGUACUACAUUCUUACAUAAACAACGAAUUUUUCAUAGGGAUUUAAAACCUCAAAAUCUAUUAAUUGACCAAGAAGAAAACCUUAAACUAGCAGAUUUUGGGUUGGCCAGAGCCGUUGGUAUUCCUUUGAGACCUUAUACACAUGAGGUGAUUACCCUAUGGUAUAGAGCCCCAGAACUUAUGCUUGGUAGUCCAACUUAUUCUUUUGCCGUUGAUAUGUGGAGUAUAGGAUGUAUAUUUGCCGAAAUGACUAAUAAGAAGGUCUUAUUCAAGGGAGAUAGUGAAAUAGAUGAACUUUUCCGAAUCUUUCAGGUUCUUGGAACUCCGGACGAAAAUGUUUGGCCUAACAUAACACAUUUUAAAGAUUUCACACCUGUUUUUCCAAAAUGGAAACCACAACCUCUUGAUAAAUAUGUUCCUACUUUAAAUUCACAUGGAAUUGAUUUGCUCAGUAAAAUGUUGACAUACGACGAUUCAUUACGUAUCUCGGCUAAACGUGCUUUAUCACAUCCUUUUUUCAACGAAAUGAAUGAAAAUAAUCGUUGUUUUUCGUCGAGACCAUUAUUAAAGGGCCAAUGCGAACGUGAAACUGAUGGUGCAUGCAGACAAUCAUCUAGUACUAGCAACUUUGCAGCAUUAAACUCUAAACCAGAUUUUAUAAGCAAAGAUAAAUGUGAAACUAAUAUUGGGAAAGAAUAUAAGCAACCUACGGAAAUGAAUUCUACAAUGGGAGUUAGUAAAACUGAGCCAGCUUCGUGGAGACUUUAG